CAGCUACGAACAUAUUCCGAGGCGCAUUCGUUUUCUUUCAUUUCAAGUGUAGCCGCACGAGCUCGAGCACGCGACUUGUCAACGCCGAGUGGGAAAAUCUGAUUUCUUCAAAAGAAUUUUUUACUGUGUCUCUUUUGUAAGAAGUAUACAAAACUAAAAGCAAAAUGGCAAAGGAAGGUAAAACUGCUGAUCCCUUUGCAUUCCUCAAGGAUUUCGCUGCCGGUGGUAUCUCCGCUGCCGUCUCAAAGACUACCGUCGCACCCAUUGAGCGUGUGAAAUUGCUCUUGCAGGUUCAACACAUCUCAAAGCAAAUCAGCCCUGAUAAGCAAUACAAGGGUAUGAUUGAUUGUUUUGUCCGCAUUCCAAAAGAGCAAGGUUUUCUGUCAUACUGGCGUGGUAACUUGGCCAACGUUAUCAGAUACUUCCCAACCCAGGCUUUGAACUUCGCCUUCAAGGAUGUAUACAAACAGGUUUUCUUGGGUGGUGUUGACAAGCACACUCAGUUCUGGCGUUAUUUCGCGGGUAACUUGGCCUCUGGUGGUGCCGCUGGUGCCACUUCUUUGUGCUUCGUCUACCCAUUGGACUUUGCCCGUACCCGGUAG